AUGUUAAUUUUCCUAAGAGAUCCAGAGAAUUAUCCUUCUCAGAAAGUAUCUGAAAAGUCAGAUGUUUAUUCCUAUGGUGUAGUGCUAUUAGAGCUAAUAACCGGGAGAAAAACUAAAGUGGAAGGCGUGGAAGGCAUAGAUAUUGUUAUUUGGGCGAAACCUCGAAUUGAAUAUACUUUUCGCAGUGGAGAUUUUACAAAUCUUGUAGAUCCUAAAUUACAAAUGAAUUGCAUCGAAGAGGAAUUAAGAAUAAUGGUUUGUUGCGCUACAGCUUGUGUAUACAAACCUUCACACUUUCGCCCACCAAUGAAAGAGAUAGUUCGAGCUCUCGAAGGAUAUAUGAAUAUAAAGGAUAUAUGGGAUGAGAAGAAUGACAACAAAUUCUUGAGUGAUAACCCUAAGCCUAAUGGUUCUCAUAAUGUUGACGAGUUCCAGCAUACGGUACCAAAGGCUCUUGUCAUUUCAGAAGCUAUUAAUGGCAUUAAGUCGAGGAAAUUUACUCAACAGGAACUCAUGGUUACAACUAAUGGCCCCUCUAAUACCACUGAAGUUACUAAGAAGUUUCAAGCUUAUUUUGAAGACGAUUAUAAGCUGAAUAGCUUUACUUAUCAAGAACUUAUAGUGGCAACUAGAGGUUUCUCUGAGGACAACCGUCUUGACGAAGGUCCUUUGGGUCAAGUCUACAAGGGAGACCUAAAUGGUGAAAAGGUGACAGUUAAGAAAUUUAAUAAUCCUAGGAAGCAAGAAGAAGAAUACAAGAAGAUGAAAGCUAUUGGGAGUAGUUUCCAUCACAGAAAUGUUGUUAACCUUAUUGGAUACUGCGAAGAAGGAGCCAACAGACUGCUUGUUUAUGAUUUUAUUGCGCAAGGCAAAUCCUUCAGACGUUAUUUAAGGGAUGGCGGUUCAACUUUGCCCUGGAUUACCAGAAUUCAGAACUGCAUUCUUGCCGCUGAUAUUCAGGCUUUGCUGCACACAAGUGAUAAGUGCUGGUGGGAUCCAUCACUUGAUUGGAUGGACAUCUAUCUUCUUGGUGAUGAUGAUUUAGAACCAAAGUUAGCAGAGUAUGGACGUGAAAAGUUUUUUUCAGAUUCCUCCCCUCAUAAAUCCAAUAGUUGUAUGGCUCCUGAAUAUACUAGUACUAGGAUGUUCACCCAGAAGACCAGUGUUUAUUCUUGUGGUGUAAUGCUUAUAGAGAUGAUAACUGGUGAAGAAGCUGUUGAUGCUGUACUUCAAUGGACGGUACUCAACUUGAAAGUGCGGUUCAGCGGCAAUUAUUAUUUUGUCGACAAGAGAUUGAAGGAUUAUAAUAAAUUUGAAAUGGAUCGAAUGGUUGCUUGUUCCUUAGCCUGUUUACGUGAUAAUCCACAGGAUCGACCGGAAAUGAGUCAGAUAGUUGAAGUUUUAAAAGGAAAUCUCGAUGUUCAAGAUCUCUGAAAAAGGAAAUUAUAACUAAACUCAGGACAUUGAAGCAUCAUAGUUGAUCGCUGUUUUGAGUUAUGUUUUUAGGGUAAUUUUUAUCCAUCAUCCCUCAAUUUAUUGGUUAUUACACUUCUAUUUUUCAUAUUUAAUUUAUUACCAUAAAAUCCUUCAUCUUUAAAAAUGUUAUAUAAAAAUCCUAAGUCAUUUUCGUUAAAUUAUUUGACAAAACUAAUAUGUAACAGUGUUAAUAGUAUAAAAAUAAAAAAUAAUUAAAAAAUCAAAAGUUUCAUAUAUGAAAUAUUAAUAACAAUUUCUCUUUUCACAUAUUUUAAAUUUGUAAUUUUUUUUAUU